AUGUUUCAACCAUUGCCAUCAAUUCAUACAACUUCACCAAGUCCAUUUUUAAUAUCUGCAUAUGGUGUUGAUAACACAUUUACAGCAAAUGACAUUUUACGACGAUGGAUAUUUAUUUUUGAAAAAUUUAUUCAAAAGCAAAUCAGAAUUAUAGGUUUUUCUACAGAUCCAACACAUUUAGUUACCAAAUGGAGAAAUCGAUUAUUCUCAUCAAAAGCUCAACUAUGUAUUGGUCAACAAUUCAUUACCAUGGAGCAUUUAAGAAGCAUUAUUGAUAAUAAACAAUAUACAAAAUUAGACCAUAACCUAACUAAAACAGAUUUAAAUCCAAAAGUUCGUCAAAACUAUCGUUCAUGUAUUAAAUUGAUAUCAGAUGAUGUAUUGAAAAUUUUAAAUGAUAAUAUAAAUACGCAAGGAACAUUUGUUUAUCUUCAACUUUUAAAAUUAAUAGUACUAGCAUAUAUUGAAAAAACAACACCAAUUAAAACAUGUAAGUUACUAGAAUAUUACACAAUCUUUUCUAAA